AUGACAUUAACACUUACAGACGCAACUUUCGACGCUCUGCAUGCAGGCAUCCCAUUCAAAUGGACGGAAGCAGAGCCUUACGAUACAGUCAACCCCUUCGGCGACUUUCGACAAAUCGACUUUAAAGCCCUCUGGACCUUCGACAUACAAAAUGACGUGCUACUCCAUAUUAACCGCCACCAUCGCGCCCAGAUACCACUCGGAGUUCUUCGAAGUCGUCCAGUCACUCUAGGUGACAUGGAACCGCUCGGUCCGCCUGUCCCUCCACUUCUGCAUCCGACGUUGGAUUCAGGAAUGCCGUGUUGGAAGCCUCAGAUUCAAGUCGAUGAGAGAAAUCGCGCAUUUAUUUAUCGCAUCCUUCGCGAUUUUAAUCACCAAUGGCGGCACAUUCUUCGUAACAACUACAAUACUAUAACUCUACGAGUCCUUGCACGCGCUAUCAUCCGGCUUUCAACACUGGAUUUUGAAGUUCGCGAAGAGACCAGUUCGCGACAUGGUUUGGGGGGCGACUGGGUUUACAUCACCGAAUUGCCCACGUGGAAACCCUUCAACACAGAUAUUGUACAUGUUGGAGACGUUCACGUAGUCAUUUGCCAUUCGAUACAGGACGGACUUUCCAGGGCCAAGAAGCACACAACCUCUCAGCAAUUUACAGCCGCUAAUGGGACGAGAGACUGCGCCCGAAAGCGGCCACAUUACAUGAUCUUGUCGGUUAAGCACAUCAUGCUGUGUCGUGCCAUAGGUCCGAAUGAACUUAAGCACACUGCUCCAGAGCCGAUCUUCAAUGGCAAUCACGGCGUCGGACCUCCAUCGAACCUGGCUCUAGAUUACCUCCUCUGGGCUACAGCUCCAGCUAUUGGUUCAAUCCCCACACCCCUUCGAUCGCUGCCGAUUGAGGUCCAGGACAUCAUACUAGGCUAUGCCUCUCCGCGGGUGAUCUACUGGUUCCGUACAGACCUCCGGCUUCACGACUCGCCAGCUCUAAAGGCCGCUUUAGAUCUCAAACCAGAAUGCCUCUAUCCCAUCUGGACGUGGGAUCCGCACUAUGUCUACAGGGCCCGAGCCGGUCCCAACCGCUGGCAGUUCCUUCUCGACUGCCAGAACGAUCUGUCUAACUCAAUCACCAAGCUCAACCCGAAUUCAAAGCUCUUCGUUAUUCGCGUAGCGCCGCAGACGCUGUUUUCUAAGCUCUUUCGCGAGUGGCAGAUCACGCAUUUGGUGUUCGAGAAGGAUACGGACGCGUAUGCGCGCGAGAGGGAUGACAAGGUAAUGGAGUUGGCGAAGGAGGCGGGGGUGGAGGUCGUCGUGAAGACGGGGCGGACGCUGUAUGAUCCGGAUGAGUUGGUCAAGCACAAUAAGGGGAAGCCAACGAUGAGCAUCAGCCAGGUCCAGGCUGCAGGCGCGAAGAUUGGACAUAUCCCCAGACCGAUUCCCGCGCCAAAGUCUCUUCCUGACCCGGGCAAGACCGAGCUGAGUUUCGAUCAGGAGAAGCCCGCCAGUGAUCUGGACUUCAAUGCGAUUCGGCGAAAUGCGGACGAGAAGUCGUACAACGCGCUUGCGGGACCUAAUGGUGACUUUGCGGUACCUACGAUGGAAGAGCUCGGCUUGAAGGAAGCAACGACACCACACCGAGGAGGCGAAACCAUAGCCCUCAAAAUGCUAGACGAGAUCGCCGCAAACGAAGACUACACCGCAACCUUCGAGAAGCCCAAAACCGCCCCAACAGCCUUCGAACCACAAGCCACAACCCUCCUCUCACCCCACCUGCACUUCGGCUCCCUCAGCAGCCGCGAAUUCUACUGGCGCGCCCAAGAUAUCGUCUCCACAUACGCAGGCAAAGCCUCCCACCCACCCACCAGCCUCACCGGCCAACUCCUCUUCCGCGACAUGUACUUCGGCGCGCAAGCCGCCCUCGGCCACGCCUUCGCCCAAACAUACAACAACCCGCACUGCCGCUUCAUCCCCUGGCACCUGCCCUCCUCCAUCGACCCCAAAACCGGCCUCACAACCGGCACCUACCUCGUCGACAGCGCCGCCGCCGAAAUCUUCUUCCAGCGCUGGAAAGAGGGCCGCACCGGCUUCCCCUGGAUCGACGCGCUCAUGCGGCAGCUCAGGCAAGAAGGCUGGAUCCACCAUCUCGGGCGGCACGCCGUGGCCUGCUUCCUCACGCGCGGCGGGUGCUACGUCGACUGGGAGCGCGGGGCCGCGGUGUUCGAGGAGUGGCUGAUCGACCACGAGGCGGCGUGCAAUGUUGGCAAUUGGCAGUGGUUGAGCUGCACGGCUUUUUUUGCGCAGUUCUAUCGGUGCUAUUCGCCCGUGGCGUUUCCACGGAAGUGGGAUAAGGAGGGGGCAUUUGUGAGGCGGUAUGUACCCGAGUUGGAGCGGUUUGAUGCGAGGUUUGUUUAUGAGCCGUGGAGGGCGCCGGUUGCGGAUCAGAAGAGGUGGGGGUGUUUGAUCAAAGGGGACGGUGUGGAAACUGAGGAAGGGGGGUUUAAGGUGUAUCCGAAGCCGAUGUUUGAUUUCGCUGAACGGAGGGAGAUUUGUAUCCAGGGGAUGAAGAACGCGUAUCGUGUCGCAUUGUAUGGGAAUGACCCGAAGGUUCUAGAUGGGAGCUGGAGGGAGCUGUUCGACGAUGCGGCCGAGGGGCCGACGGAGGGCAAAGAUGGACCACCGGGCGCUAUGGUAGAGCACGAGGAUGCGGAUGAGAUGGAGAUGCCUGAUAAAGAGCAGACGAGUCCGAAGACUGUGAAGAUUAUGAAGAAGGGGGAGGCAGAGGGGAAGAAGACGGGCGUGCACAAGAGAGCUGCAAGUCAGAGAACUUUGGAUGGAAUGAUUACGCGGAAGAGAAGAAAGAGUAAAUAG